UACAUAGAAUGAGUAACACGUGAUUAGGUGUAAUUGGUUGUUGACCAGUUGGUCAGUAACUGUCGUCGUUCAGCAUUUACAUGCACUUCAAUUUUUCUUAGACUUUGAAUUGAAUUAGUUACACAAACAAACUGUUAUAUUAUUAUCUCUUCGUCAUACCAACCAAUCCCAUCUCUCUCUCUCUUUCGCUUCAAUCUCCCUCUGAUAACUCUGCACAGGAACAAUGUCUGAGAAAAUCACAGCAGAAAACCUUCUUCACAACCUUGUGGACACAUUUGUGGAGAAGCCAAAAAAGGUAUCAUUCUUCGAGGAAGGGAAUUCAGACUCAGUGAGCACUCAGAUCAACAGACUGUUUGGACGCGAGAAACCUGUACACCAUCUUUUAGGAGGCGGAAAAUCUGCGGAUGUCAUGUUAUGGAGGAACAAGAAGAUUUCUGCAAGUUUUUUAACUGGUGCAACAAUUGUAUGGGUGCUAUUUGAAUGGCUCAAUUAUCAUUUUCUUACUCUUCUAUGCUUUGCUUUGGUUCUUGUCAUGCUUGCACAGUUUCUAUGGUCAAAUGCUUCUGGCUUGUUGAACAGUACACCAUCUAAGGUACCGCGUCUUGUUAUCCCACAAGAAUACUUUGUCAACAUUGGAACUAUAAUUGGGAAUGAGGUUAACCGUGGGUUGAGGUUUCUUCAAGAUAUUUCUUGUGAAGGAAACUUGAAGCUAUUUCUCAUUGUUGUAGCAAGUUUGUGGGUUGGUUCAGUGAUUGGGAGCUGGUGCAAUUUUUUGACUGUCAUCUAUAUUGGUAUUGUCGCUGCUCAUACACUUCCAGUUUUCUAUGAGAAGUAUGAGGAUGAAGUUGACAACUUUGUGUUCCAGGUCCUUGGUCAAGUACAAAAUAACUAUAGAAAGCUUGAUGCCGGUGUGCUCAGCAAAAUCCCCAAAGGAAAUCUCAAAGGAAAAAAACAUGAGUAGGUUAACCCUCAUGUAAAUUAAUGGUUGAAGGAAAUAACCAGGGGUGGAAAUAUCUCUACCUUAUCAAUCAUAUUUGAUUGGCAGAAACUUGCUUAUGUAAAUGAUAUUUAUGUAGACAAUCUGUGAAACUUAUAUGUAGAGUUUGAUUCUAAUUAUCAAUUUUCUUUAUCAUUUUAAUUAGAUCAAUAACUAUGCACUAGAACAACAACAACAUUUAGUCCCAAUAAUGGAUUUAUCCGGAGAAUGGGGUACAAGAUUC